AUGAAAUUCACCACCAUUUCCCAAACUCUCCUCCUCGCUUUCUCUCCUCUCGCCAUCUCCGCCACAACCCCUACACAAGUCUCCGACCCCGCGUCUGUAUGCUACAACUCUCCAGUCCCCACUCCAUCACCAAUCAACACGAACCGCACCAUUCCAUGGGGUACCCCCUCCUACACCCUUCCUAAUGGAACAACAUGCUGUGAUUCCCUUGAUCAAGUCCGCGCCGGAAUUAACGACAUCAACGCCCAACUCGUUGACCUCCUAGCUCAAAGAGCUGCAUAUGUACGAGAAGCGACGAGAUUCAAGGCAACGUUGGGUGAUGUGAAUGUGCCGAGUAGAAAUCAGGAGGUUAUUGAUGGAGCGGUAGCGUUGGCGAAUCAGACGGUGCCGAGAUUACCGGAGGAGAUCGCUAGGGGUGUUUUUGAGGCGAUUAUUAAUGAGAGUGUGCCGUUUGAAGAGUGUGUUUGGGCGAUUUCUUCUUAA